AUGUCGAUGCACUACCGCCUGCGCCAUAUCACGGACUACCUAUCUCGCCUCGAGAACCCUUCCACGCGGAACAUCUCCUGCCGCGUCGAGGUGAACUGCGGCUGCGUCAUCGAGGCGCCCUUCUCCUUCAUCUUCGAGGGCCUCACCGCUGUGCACGGCAGCCCGCUCGGGACGAGGUCGGCCACGCAGGACGGCGCCAACCGCAUCAUCAUCCGCGACGGCCUCGGCCUGGUCAACCCCGGGGGAGUAGGGAAGAAGUGGCUCGACAACUCGGACCACAACAACGUCCUCCGUCUCGUGGCCUUUGGCGGCAACAUCGACGCUCACAAGUGGCAUGCCUCGCAGUGCCGCAGCCAGAAGGAAAGCAAGCCCCUGCCGAGACCGAGACCCGAGAAGCCGUGGCCCACGGGCAGAGCGCUCGUCAGGGACGGGUUCAGCCAUUCUGCCACUGACGGUAUGUUGAGAGAUUACGGGUACGCCGAGACCGGGCCGGAUGCGAGGCAGACGCAGCGCCGCGGCGGCGACGGCGGCGACGACAACAAGCACCAGGACGAUCUGUCGGAGGAGGAGAAGAUGGCGAGGAAGAGCUGCGGCAACCUGCUUAUUUGUCGGAGCAAUCCGAUGAGCCCGUACAGGCUCAUCGGAGUCUGCGUGGACGGCGAGAUUGCGAGCAAGAAAGGGCAGGAUGUUGUUACGAUUCGUUAA